AUCCUAAAGUUUACUUUAAGUCUCUCUAAGCUUGACUUUUACUAGGGUUCCUCCCUCAGAACUGGUCAGUCCACAAUCUAGAUAUUUAUUUUUUUCUCUCCUGCAACAGUGCCACUCCCACUCCCUUAUAGCCAGGUAAAGUCAUGAAUCACCUGCCUCAGAGUGCUGACGGAACCCACUUAAUACUUCACCAACAGGAUCAACAUCUACUGACUGGGUGGGGUCCUGCAGGUAAAUGCUGCAGGCUAUUUUUAUGAUUCCCACAAAUCCACCACCAACAUUCCGGAAGCCGGAGCUCUGGUCCGAUGAAUUUACUGAUUUUGUGAAAAAAUGUUUAGUGAAGAAUCCUGAGCAGAGAGCUACUGCAACACAACUCCUACAACAUACUUUUAUUAAGAAUGCCAAGCCAGUCUCAAUUUUAAGAGACCUGAUCACGGAAGCAAUGGAGAUCAAGGCAAAGAGACAUGAAGAACAACAAAGGGAACUGGAAGAGGAGGACGAAAACUCGGAUGAAGAUGAGCUGGAUUCCCACACUAUGGUGAAAACUAAUUCAGAGAGUGCUGGUACAAUGAGGGCUACAAGCACAAUGAGUGAAAGUGCUCAGACAAUGAUUGAACAUAACAGUACUAUGUUAGAAUCAGACUUGGGGACUAUGGUGAUAAAUAGCGAUGAUGAUGAUGAUGUUGAUGAAGAAGAAGAUGGGACCAUGAAAAGAAAUGCUACUUCACCACAAGUACAAAGACCUUCUUUCAUGGACUACUUUGAUAAACAAGAUUCCAAAAAUAAAAGCCAUGAAAACUGCAAUCAGAACAUGCAUGAACCCUACCACAUAUCUAAAAAUGUUUUCCCUGAUAACUGGAAAGUCCCGCAAGAUGGAGAUUUUGAUUUUUUAAAAAACCUAAGUUUAGAAGAAUUGCAAAUGAGAUUAAAAGCUUUGGACCCUAUGAUGGAACGAGAAAUUGAAGAGCUUCGUCAAAGAUACACAGCAAAGAGGCAGCCUAUCCUGGAUGCAAUGGAUGCAAAGAAACGCAGGCAACAGAAUUUCUGAAUUUGUUUUAGUCUCAAAGAUAAUGCUAGUAGUUAACAUGGACACUUGUUAAACUGUAAAUCUGAAGGAAUUCUAUAGUUAGAAGAGGUGUUUUUAAACUUUAAAUUGUGCUUCAUAACCAAACAAAGUUGGAGCAGUGAAACCUGUAUAUGGUGUUCAGCAAAGACGGUGGAACACAUACUCCUCUGUGCAUUUACCAUACUUCUAUUUUCAAAUAUUUAAUGUAAUAGAAGUUUAAUCUGUUACUUUCUGACCUCCCUCAACUAUAUAGCAGUAAAUUGUUGUACAAUGAAGUGUGUUUAGGGUACCUGCAAGAUUUUUAAGUGUUUCAUGAUUGUCAGCACUACAGGGCCUUAUGUUGCAAUAUAUUUUUUCUCCCAUUUAAUAGCAUAUUUAUUAUGUACUCGUAGGUGAUUGUAUUUAUUUUUAUGCCCAUUUACUUUUUAAAACUUGGGUAAUAUUAGGAUAAUUGUGGUGGAGAGCAGUCCCAGAUUAGUUUAAACUGAACAUGGGAAUGCAAAAAAAAAAAAAAAAAAGCUUACUGCUGUAUUAAAGUCUUGAUUCGGAACAGUAUUUAUGCAUGGGUUCAAGUUCCAUUGACAUUGGACUUUACGCACACCCUUAAAGUUAAGCAUGUGCUUAAAUGCUGUCCUGAAGCAGGAUCUAUGGCUGUAAAUGAAUGACACUGUUGCUACAGUAGAGAACAUUCAUGUAAGGCUCAGUUCUGUCACCCUUACUUACUAAAUUGCGUGGUCUCUAUUAUGAGGAAACAAGUGCCUACUUAAUUUUAAUUCUUUUAUAGUGCAGGAGAAGCAACAAGGACAGUCACACCUAUAGUGUAUAUUUCAAGGUGCUAUUACAAUUCUUACAUUCUGACCAGUUUCAAACAUUCUGCACCACAGUUUUGUAAUGAAGCAACACCUACACUUUUUGACCAGUGUUUUUUACCUGGUUAGUUUGUAUUAUGUUUUGUUUGUUGUGGUUUUGGAUUGUAGAGGUAUAAGGGACACUAAUUUUAAAGCCAAAGAAAAUCAACUGAAAGCUUGUAUUAUUCUGUAAUAAGCCCCAAAAGAAGCAAAGCUUGGCAAUACCCCCAAUCCUACAUUCAUUGGACACUCAAAAUUCCCAUUGUCUUCUGUGGGAGUUUUGGGUACAUAUGGAAUGCAGGACCCAUUCUUGUUAAUAUUUUGUUCAUUUCUUGUCUUUGCUUCAUGUAUGUAAAUAUAUGAUAGGUGAAAUAUAUCACAUUGCAAUAAUUACAACAGUCAUUUGUAUGGAAAAGUGAUCUGCUUUCUGAACCACCAAUUGUGGUCACUAGUCACUUAUUAAUAUUUAUAUUUUCACCAUUUUUGCCUAUUGCCUAAUUAAUAUUACUUUAAUAUUCAGAUAUUUCCGUAGAAAUCAGACAUAAUGACAAUUACUUGCAAAAUGCAGCUAUACAAAUUUUAAUGGUUAUUGGCAUCCUUCCGAUAAAUGUUUUUUGGAAGUUAGUAAACAUCUUGCACCUCUUAUCAUUUACUGUUGUCAUAUGUGGAUCAUUUAUAUGGAACAAUGCAGCCUUUGGAAACUAUGCAUUAUCUCUAAACAGUCUAACCAAAUAAGGAAAAAUAGUUUUAAACAGAUCAGCAUAUGCAUAACCCUUCUGGGACCAAUUCUUUUCUUUAGUUGUUACAUAGCCAUUGUUAUCAUUUCUGUUCUGUGCAUGUGUUUAAUUCCAACUUGUACAUCAUAAAUUCAGAUACAUUUUAACUGUGGCAGUUAGAACAACUGCCUUCAUACAUUCCUAAGUUUUAAAAAAUGUGAAUUGCCUUUUGCAAAGAAGGAAGGAAAGCCUUAAUAGAUAUCCAUAAACCUUAUGGUAAAUCAAGAUGCCCCAACAUUGUGCUUUUACUGCCUCACAACUAAACAAGCAAUGAAGUGAUAAAUAUAGUUUAUGAAAAUGACAGCACAGACUUCUGAAUAUAUAGACCUGUUUUUCAAAAUAAUUUCUAAUUCUUUGCUAUAUCUCUUCUUUAAAUUCAUUGAUGUGUACAUCCAAAUACAGAGAUAUGAUAAAUGGAAAGAAUGUAUGGAAAGCAUAAAAUCAUCAAGAAGAAGAGAGAGCCUUAUUUGUCCUUUGCUGUUGUGCCUUGUAGGCAAUGAAUGUCACUGCCCAAGUAUGUCCUUUUUGCAUCAUUGUGAACUUUCUCUUCCCAAAUUUUCUCCCACUUGCCCCAUCAAAAAUAAAAUAUAUUGAUUUUGUAUUUGGUAGGAUCACCUGGGUUCAUAGAGAUUUUGGAAAAUUUCCAGUUUAGUGCACAGCAUGUGUAAUGCUUACCAGAGGGAGCCCACAUUAAAGGCCAUUAGCCAGGCUAGAGCUUUUCUAGUGAUGUCUGAAAGACAGAAGGACUUAAAGCACAUUCGUUCUCAGUUGCUGAAUCUGCCAGCAAGCCACACUUUCUCUCCAAAAGAAGCAACCCAAUUGAAUUUUACAUGUUCACCAACACCACAGACGCAGGAGAAAAGUCAAAAGCCAUGGUGAAAAUUGAAAAUGGAAUAAGCCACCUGCGAUGGGAAAGUUAAUCACUUCUGAGAUUAUUGUAACUCAGAAACAGGAAUUUUUUAUGUCCAAUUUUGAUAUCCUUCAACUAAUAUAAAAUUCAGUAACUCUGAUAUCUGUUACAGUGAGUGAAAACCCUCUCACAAACUUCAGUGGAAACUAGAUCAGACCCUUAGUUGUGUGCAAGGAGUAAAAUCUAGAAAUAGUUUUAUAUUAAAUACUUUUUAUGUUUUUCUUUCUUCUGUUUAUUUACCAAAUCACAGCAUCCAUGUUCAUGACCACAUUUAUCUCCACUGAAGAACAAGCAUUUUCUGUAAAGGAACUUAGGUAGCACACUACAACAUUGGAACAUCAAAAGUUGCAGUAAAUUCAGUAGAACUACUGGCACAUUAAGAAUCAGUAUUUUCUUUUUUGCUUCCCAUUUUGUAUGUUUAAAUUCAGCAUGUAAAAAUCUCUGGGAAAAAUAAUUACUUUUCACUACACAUCUAAAUAAAAACGUAUUUUUCUCUUA